AUGACGCAUGCCAAUCUGAUGAACAACUAUUUCAACCCCAACUCAGUGUACACAAAAGAGAAUUUCAAACGUCACUUCCGGAUGAGGCGUUAUGUCUUCCAGCGUUUACUUCGUGAUGUCCAGCAAGUCAAUCCAUACUUUCAACAAAAGCAGGAUAAAGCAGGCCGUCCUGGUUUCUCACCUCAUCAAAAGGUUAUUGUUGCACUGGGAAUGAUGGCCAAUGGCUCCCUAACUUAUUCGAUGGAUGAAACCCAUGAUGAGUACCUUUGCGAGUCAAAUCAGGAAGAUCUAAAUCGACUCCUUCACAAACUGGAGACCGUGGGUUUCCAAGCAUGA